CGGCACCAGCCGUUUACAUCAUUCCGAUCUACUGAUUGAUUGAUCAUCAAUCAUCACAACUUUUCAACCGCAAAAGUUGACAAGAAGAGCCGUAUUCGUUCAACAUUAUACCGAUCCAGCUCGAGAUUUAUACUAUUAUAACGAGCGACAGAUCGUCAUGUUCGCGCGACCAUUAUUCUCAGCGACUCUCCGGCAAGCCGCCCGGCCCAUUGCCCGUCCGGUGAUAUGCAGUCGGCCAGCACCGUUCCUCACAGCCUUCCAGCAGCGAUUUCUCUCCGAUCAAACGCGACAGGCCAUUGAGAAAGCUGUCUCCUCGGCGCCCGUUGUGUUGUUCAUGAAGGGCACCCCCGAAACGCCGCAGUGCGGGUUUUCGCGCGCUUCCAUUCAGAUUCUCGGCCUGCAGGGCGUAGACCCCGGCAAGUUCGCUGCCUUCAACGUGCUAGAGGACGAGGAGCUCAGAUCAGGUAUCAAGGAGUUCUCGGACUGGCCCACAAUCCCGCAACUCUAUAUCAACAAGGAAUUCGUCGGCGGUUGCGAUAUUCUCGUAUCGAUGCACCAGGACGGUUCCCUAGCCAAGAUGCUUGAGGAGAAGGGCGUCCUAGCCCCUCUCGACGGCGCAUCCGAAUCUAAGGACUAGAGCAAGUUAAAAAUGAGCGUAGUAUGCGAUGGGUAAUGAUUUUAUUCCAAUAGAGGACAAAAAAAAUACCCGAAUUUCGCUAGACGACUUGUGUACGAUUUGGUUAUGCAUAUAUAAACGUCAGUAUGUAUUUUACUGCAAGAGCGCUUGGUUGGUUGGGGAUUCGUCAAAUACGAUAACCAUCAUUAAAACAGAUCAACAGUAUAUACCUCAUGUAGCCAAGAGACCUCGAGAUAAU